UCAAUUGUUUUGUAUUAUUUGAUUAUGCUUAUAAGAUAUUAACGUAAUAGAUGGUUCUUACACUUUUUGCAUAGUAAAGCAAAGCAAACUUGAAUAAUUAAAUUCUACUAUUCUAGUAUCCCACGGCAAAGUGACGUCAUCUUCUUACCCCAAAGCACACUUCACUACGUGUCCGAAUAAUGGUAAAGUUGGUCGCCUAUAUAAUUCUCUGCCCCACGAAAAUUUAUUAUAUAGAGAAAAACUUUCAAGAUAACACAAAACCUUUCUCUCCCUAUUUGUUGAAGAAGAAGAAAAAAAAAGAAAAUGAUGGAUUCUCUAGCUAAAUGCUUCAACAGGCUUCAAGAAAGGUACGACAACGUUCUAGAAGCAAAACCUAUCUACAGAGACGACUUAGACAUAACGUUGCCUCUGAACGAAUCAAAGGAGGUUUCAGUAGAAUCGACCAAAAAGUCUCGGUGCUUGCAGAGAGCCAAGAGGAUUGACAAAUCGCUGAGGUUUGAAGAAGGCGAAGAGGAAGAAGAUGAACAGAAUAAAAAGCCUCUGGCUAAGCCACGUAAGGUUGUGAGGUUUCAGUUAGAGAAUAAUAAGAUCUUCGAGCCAAAGAAGACGGUGAGUUUUGAUGAUGAUCACGAACUCAAACCAAAGGAGAAUCCUCUGGAAGAAAAAGAGAGUUUGAAAAUGGUUGAAGGGAAGGAAGAGGUCGUGAGGGUUAAGAUCAAGAUGACAAAGCAUGAAGCUCAACGGUUGUUGUCGAAAUGCAAAAACGACAGCGUUUUAAAGUUGGAGCAUCUUAUGGACCAGAUCGCACACGUCCCUGUUCAUCAGCUUCAAGUCGCUAUGGUGAUGGUUGGUUGUAAUAAUGAGCGACAAGGAAAUGGCUGCUGGUUAUCCCAGCUGGAAUAAGUUAAUCUUGAGUUUUUCUAUCAAAUUUUGUAGUUUUAGAGUAGAAACUAUAUAAAUUUACGUUUGUAUAUAUAUUUUGUAACAGAUUAAUAGAAGUAACAUGAUUUUGUGGAAUUUUUUUUGUUGUCGUCUCAUAAAUAGUAAUGUUUCAAAAUUUUGACAUUAGUAUAUUCCAAGGCCAAAAAAAGGAAAGUCAGAAACAAA